CAGCGGCCACGCCGCGGCUGUUGUGGGUCGGUGGGCGGGGCGGCUGGCUGACAGAGCGAGGCGUCGCCGCACCGAGGGCCCGCGCGGGACAACCUUCCUCAGCGCCGGGCGGCGACGGCUGCCGAGCGUGCGAGCGGCCGUUGUUUCUCCGCGUCGCCGUCUCCCAGGCUGCGGCCGGCGGUCGGCAUGGCCCGAGGAAAUCAAAGAGAACUUGCCCGCCAGAAAAAUAUGAAAAAAAACCAGGAAAUUAGCAAAGGAAAAAGAAAAGAGGAUAGCUUGACUACCUCUCAGAGAAAACAGAGGGACUCUGAGAUCAUGCAACAAAAGCAGAAGAUAGCCGAUGAGAAGAAAUCUAUGCAGACAAGAGAAAAAUGAUGACGGGCCUUUUGGAAACCUGGGUGCUAUUGUCAGUGGGGUGCAUAAGAAGAUCAAAAUUUCUCAGAGUGACUAAUGGUCACGUGUUAUAACUUAUCCUUAUAAACUGUCUAUUUUAAACUUUACUUUUCAGCCUUACUUAACAUGACAUUUUAAGACCAUUCUUCAAAGAAUAAAGUACUGAGCAUGCAUGUAA